CAACAGAUCUCCCUGGAGCACGAGAUCCUGCUGCACCCGCGCUACUUCGGGCCCAACCUGCUCAACACGGUGAAGCAGAAGCUCUUCACCGAGGUGGAGGGCACCUGCACGGGCAAGUACGGCUUCGUCAUCGCCGUCACCACCAUCGACAACAUCGGGGCAGGUGUCAUCCAGCCGGGCCGUGGCUUCGUGCUCUACCCCGUCAAGUACAAGGCCAUCGUCUUCCGGCCCUUUAAAGGCGAGGUGGUGGAUGCAGUGGUGACCCAGGUCAACAAGGUCGGGCUCUUCACUGAGAUCGGGCCCAUGUCUUGCUUCAUCUCCCGCCACUCUAUCCCCUCUGAGAUGGAGUUUGACCCCAAUUCCAACCCCCCCUGCUAUAAAACGGUGGACGAGGACAUCGUGAUCCAGCAGGACGACGAGAUCCGGCUGAAAAUCGUGGGAACCCGAGUGGAUAAGAACGACAUCUUUGCCAUCGGCUCCCUCAUGGACGACUAUCUGGGUCUCGUGAGCUGAUGCACAAGCCCGUUCCUCUGGUUGUGUCCCUGGGCUCCAGCUGGGAUGAGCCUUGUCUCUGCCCCCCUGCACUGCUUGCCCUAUUUAUGGGGGUCUGGCGUGGGCCUGGCCAGGCCUGGGGGCCGGGUCCACACCUGCCUGUUCUUCCUCCCAAUAAAAGCUGCUUUUCAUA